GCGAAAUCCGCAUCGCAGGCCGGAAAUGGACAACCAUUACAAGUUCCAUGGGUCAAGUUCGGCUUGACCGAGGCGGAGUACAAGGUCCGCGGCCGCUACGGCAGCUGCUAUUGGUGCAACAGCACCAAGCACAAGMCCUCCCUGUGCCAGGAUCAGGGCAAGGAGGAUGUGCGACCCCGCCUCAGCUCGGGAAACUGAGCUCCCCGGAAGGUGAGGCGACUCCACCUUCUGCUCCGCCAGAUUCGUCCGCCUUGCUAGCGGCCUCCUGCACAUCUGGGGAGAACGCGAAUGUCGCAAGUUCUCGUUACACUUACGAGGACUAUGCUGUCCACUUGGUUCCACCGCUGGACCAACCGCUCCACGUGCAACAAUCURYCGCAUGCACGGUUUUAUCACCAUCGGCAACCGAUUCGGCAGCUUCGCCGCCAUCUAUCGUCGGGGAUUCAUCGUCGUGGUCAAGACUUGAAGUACUCGACCCUCUGACGUUCACGGACUUCCAGUGCAUGCCCGUUCCCCCUACCGGACGAUUGCCGAAGCCGCAUUGCAAUGUGCUCAUGGCACAACUGCGAGAUUACUUGCACACUGCAGUACCGACUCCGUUGAUGGACGCCGGAGUAGAGGUUGUCGACCUUCACGUCUACAUUGCGAAGAUCGACCGCGAGUUCAAGACACAACGGUACGACGACAUCGACGCACCAUUGCUAUAUGUACGCAUUCAGAUCGGAGAAGUGACCUGCAGCGCUUUGAUCGAUUGCGGAGCAUCUCGCAACUACAUCAGCCAGGACUUCAUGACGAUCAGAAACGCCGGCCCUCUCCCACGCAUCGACGAUCUUCUCGAGCGACUGGGCGGUGCCAAGUUUUUCUCCAAGUUGGACCUCAAGUCGGGAUAUCACCAACUCAAGAUUCGCAAGGAGGACCGUUACAAGACCGCGUUUAAGACGCGAUAUGGGCAUUUCGAAUGGCUGGUCAUGCCAUUUGGCCUUACGAAUGCCCCGACCACUUUCCAAGCGGCUAUGACAACGGAAUUCCGACACAUGCUGGAUCGAUACGUACUUAUCUAUCUUGACGACAUCCUAGUGUACAGCCGGAGUUUAGAGGAGCAUGUGGAACACCUGCGCACCGUUUUGGAGCGGCUACGACAGGCCAAGUACAAAGCAAACCGCGACAAGUGCGAGUUCGCACGGCAGGAGCUGGAGUACUUGGGCCAUUAUGUGACGCCGCAAGGCAUCCGUCCGCUCGCGGACAAGAUCAAGGCCCUACGAGUAUGGCCCGAGCCCACCAACACCACGGACGUUCAUUCAUUCAUGGGAUUGGCGGGCUACUAUCAGCGAUUCAUCACCGGAUACUCCAGGAUUGCUGCACCUAUGACGAGGUUACAGUCGCCAAAGGUGCCAUUCGUAUUCGAUGACGACGCACGCCGGUCAUUCCAAGCACUUAAGGCGGCUAUGCUCAUGGCACCCGUCCUUAGCAUCUAUGACCCCACCUUGCCGACGAGAGUGACUACGGACGCUUCCGGCUAUGGCAUUGGGGCAGUCUUGGAACAACACGAUGGCGACGACUGGCACCCUGUGGAGUAUUUCAGCCACAAAGUGUCUCCCAUCAACGCUUUCAGCUACUCGCGUUCGUCAUGGCUCUCAAGUGAUGGCGGCACUUCCUCCUUGGGCGUCGUAGGUUCACAUGGGUUACAGACAACAAUCCAUUGACCAACUACAAGACGCAGGAUACGGUGAGCAGCACGAUCG